AUGGAUGCAGCGAGCAGCAUUACACUCAGGGCACUCCAUUUCAUCGAAGGAGAAGCAGGCUCUGGGCAGGUGGAGCACGCCAGCCUGCUCGCAGUUGCUGCCGAGGUCCGCGCGGCAGCAGCCUCUGGUCGUGAAGCGGACAUUGCAGCGGCAGUCUUUCGUUUGGCCCAGCGAAGUUUGACUCUUCCCUUCGGCGCAGCUUCAUCGGAGUUCGCCGCUGCAGCCUGCGCCGCAGUGGCUGGCAUGACUGAGCCGGAGCUCCUUGGCAAGGUCAUUGGACGGUCUCACAUUCUGCGGGUGCUGGAGGAACUGGCAAGGCAUGUUGACACUUACCAACCGUACAUCUUCAGCUUCUUGUCGCGAACGGGCUAUGGCCAGAUCGCAGGCCUCGAUGCAUCAGCACGACGGAUGCAGGCAGCGCUCUCUUCCAUUUGCGUUUGGCUGCUUGCCGCCUUCUGCCGCGCAGUGGGGUACCGAUGCUUCUCUGCAGAGAUUCUCUGGGAAUGGUCUAAUGCCGAUCCGCUGUUCAUAGGGCUCUUGGUGCGAAGCACUUUGACGCUGGAGUUGCUGUGCCAGCUGGUGCCAGAAUCACCUCUGGGGGGGCUCCUGCUUCCUGCUGACCUGCGCGAUCUACAAACUGUGGUCUUUCGGGCAUUGCUGGGAUUGACCAGGCCUGACAUCGUCUUUGCCGACGUGGUGCCGAAGCGUGCUGAAAGAGAACAUGCAACUAUGGAGGUACAAUCUCCUGCUCUUCAUUUUGCCCGUCACUGGUCACGUCUGGCUGUUGCCGCAAGUGAGACGGGGCUUGUGCCUAUCCUUCUCGAUGUGGCAGAAGGACUUAUGAGCGACGAGAAGUUCCAAAUGCCUGCGUUCUUUGCCAAAAUGCUGAAUGCCAGUUUGCAGGAUUCUGAUGUCUGCUUGGCAGACGAAGAGUUAUUUCAGGCAUGCCAUGUUGCGUCAGCUCAUCUCCGCGAUGCCUUCAAUGAUGCUGAUAAUGCAAGCAGGCUCUGGCGAAUCCUUUGCGACAUUUUGCUGAAGAAUGGGCUGGUGCGUAGCUUUCUGCGCGACUGCGCGGAGCUGGCCCUGGCCACACCAGGUAUUCACUGUGUGGCCUUCUUGCAAACCGCUGCGGGGCUGCAGAUGGAGGAUUUGGCUGCCAUGCCGGGACUUUGCUGUGUCGCGGCCAAUGCUCACUUGGCACCCGUCCAGGUGGCCGAGUUUGCGAAGCGCCUGAUGGAGCUCGAGGAGAAGGAGCGGUGCAUCGUGGCUGGGGAGCUCGAAAGAUGGAAGGGGCCUGUGAUGCAGGACAUGAAGGCUGCUUGGGUGGCGCUGCUACGCGCAGUGCCAGCACCACUCAUGGCGGAUGCACCUCCGGCUCCACCACGCACGCCGUUGCGCACAGCUCAACGCCGGGUGCUUGCCGUUGGUGGCUUAGAGGAGCUCCUGGUCAAAGCGCCGCCAGAUUUGUCCUGCGCGUUUGACGGCCAGCUCCUUACUGACCCCGUGCUGUCGCCGUAUGGCCACCUUUUCGACCGCGCCUCCCUGGCUGGAAUGGAGGCUGCUGCCCACUGA